AUGCCGCCAGGGCUUUGGCUUGCGAAUCUCCCCAAGCAUCCCUUGGCCGCCGAGCGCCGGCGUUUCCACCCGGCGCCGUGCCAGGAGGGGGAGGAGGCCGGCGGCAGGGCUGGGAGCAAGCGCCAGCCUCUCGUGUCCUGGGCCCAGCGCUGGCGCAAUGAGAACUAUGAGAGGCCUGUGGACCUGGAAGGCUCUGGAGAUGACGAUCCCUUUGGGGAUGAUGAAAUGGAUGAUGUCUACUCAGGCUCUGGCUCAGGGUAUUUUGAGCAGGAGUCGGGACUUGAAACAGCAGUGAGCCUCACCACGGACACGUCCAUCACGCUCCCCACCACCACAGCCCUUCUGCCAAUCACCCUGGUGCAGCCUGUGGCGACUCCCUUUGAAAUGCUCCCUGCGGAAGAUACCACCCCCGAGCAGACCACCAGCAUCUUGUAUGUCCCCAGGAUGACAGAGUCACCGGUGAUCCCCAGUUGGAAAGCAACCACGACCAGUACCACUGCCAGAGACUCCCCUAGUACCAUGACUACCACCACCACCACAACCCCUGCCAGCACCACCACCAUGCCCACUGUCAAGCCCACUACCGUCCGGAGGUUUCUGCCCCCCUUUGUCACCAAGGCAGCCACCACUCGGCCCACCACCCUAGAGACGCCUACCACCUCUGUCCUCGAGACCAGCACAGCAACAGAGGUGCCCACAUCACGGCUUACCCCCUCCAGCACAGCCAAGCCCAGGUCCCUGCCAAAACCAAGCACCUCCAGGACUGUAGACCUCACGGAAAAAAGCACUGUGUUGCCAUCCAGUCCUGCCACGCUGCCACCCACAGAAGCCCCCCAGAUGGAGCCGGGAGAAGUGUCGACGGUGCUUGACAACGACCUGGAAGUGCCAGUCAGCAGCGGUCCCAGCGGGGACUUUGAGAUCCGGGAGGAGGAAGACACGACUCGGCCCGAGCUCAUGCCGCCUCCAUCGGGGCCCGGGCUGGGCAGGAAGGCCGAGCCCGGGCUCAUAGACAAUACAAUAGACUCUGGCAACUCUGCUGCUCAGCUCCCACAGAAGAACAUCCUGGAGAGAAAAGAAGUGUUGAUAGCGGUGAUUGUGGGUGGCGUGGUGGGAGCCCUCUUUGCUGCCUUCCUGGUCAUGCUGCUCAUCUACCGGAUGAAGAAGAAGGACGAGGGGAGCUACACGCUGGAGGAGCCGAAGCAGGCGAAUGUGACAUACCAGAAGCCCGACAAGCAGGAGGAGUUCUACGCGUAGAGACGAGAGCCCGGCGUGCCUCGCGCUCCCUCCCUUCCUGCCUCAAACUCUCUCUCCUUCUCUACUUCAUCCAAUCUCUCUCUCUUUUUCCUGGAUCAGACUGUGAAUUUAAAAAGAAAAAAAAAAAAGAAAAAAAACCCCACAAAUAAACAAAACCACAACAGCUAAAAGAGGAAACAGAUCAGACGUGAGAAAAUCAAUCGUCUAGAGCACCAUUGAGUUUAGACCAAGUACCGCUAACCUUUCUCCAGUGGAAGGGACGGGGCGAGGAGCAAAUGGCCAACACAACUGUGCCUCUGGGACUGCUCUGACAAGGACAUACAUGGGUGGUCACAUGGCUGACGGCGGCUGGAGUUCACUGGGCUUUACCGGCUGACACAACAGACACUGGGAUCUGGAUACCUGUUACCAGCCUUGGGGUGCCAGGGGAGUUGAUUUGGAUUUAUCGUCCUUUUUUUUUUUUCCCCCCUUCGAAAAGGAGGGAGGUUUCUUUCUCUCUCUUUUUUUAUUUUUAUUUUUGAAUGGGGUUGGUUGCUUUGCAGGAAUUACCUUACUCCCUGCUUCUGUUUGGAAAAAAGGAUGCAGCUGUCAAGUACAUUUUGAACCAUGAAAAAGCACAAGGGGCUGGAAUACCUGAUGCCCCCGGGUUUGCUCUCGGAGUAGGGAAAAAUAAAUAAGUACAUACAUGACCAGUAUGUUGGAAAUGAUCUUUUUGAUCACCUCUUCGGGGAGGUCAUGGACCAGCAAGAAGGCCCAUUUUGGUAUCUCAUGCUGCACCCUUCCUGCUACCACCUCACUUUGCUAUAUCGCUGUGCGCAGCCGGAGACCUGAAAUCUAUAGAAACUGCGUGUCGUCGGCUGGUGAGGGAUUUGGUUGAAAAGGGACCUUGCUUUUGCUGGUUUUUCACUGUGACCAAUAAAACUCAGCUUGCAUAGUA